AUGGUUCAUGACAGUGCUCAGAUUCGGCUGCAGGGUGCCCAUGACUUCAUGGCUUACUAUGAGUUUGCUUGUGCCAGACAGGACUCAGUUCCUCUCCCUGCUGUUAAGAUGAAUCUUGACAAAGGAAUGCUGGACUUUAAUGGUGACAGGCUCAAGUUAAUAGACUGGCCACCCGUUCUCCACUCUGUAUCCAUCAACAAGCACUUGCAUCACAUUGCAAUAAGCAGCACAUUCCAAGCUAGUUUAGCUUCUGGAGAUGCAGAUAAAAGGUACCAUAAGCCAACCAUCAAAAAAAAGAUCCCAGCCGUUCGCACUAAGGACAUGACAUUUAAACUGUGCAAAGCACUGAGAGAGUGUCUGACUGUCUCUCCCAACCUCAAGACUCUACAAAUAAAUGGACUUCCUCUGAGAGAGAGGGACCUCAUCACUUUGACAAAAGGUUUGGCCAGAAGCACUUCCUUGGAAGACUUGUCUCUGGCUAAUUGUCCUAUCUCUGAUGAGGGCUUGGAGAUCAUUUGCCAAAGUGUUAAGUAUUCUACAAGUAUCAGGACAAUAGAUUUCACAGGAUGCAGUCUUACAUGGAGAGGGGCAGAGCAUAUGGCCAACAUUAUUAAGCAUCAGGGAAUGCAGAGACAUGGCGCUGCAUGGGCAGAGUCCCUGAGGUAUCGACUGCCACAGUUCGAGGGGAUGGGAGGCCUUCGUCGUGUCACCCUUAACUCUAACACUUUGGUUGGGGAUCGAGGGGCAGCUGCUCUUGCACAUGAACUGGCUGAGGAUCUCUGGGUUAAAGCGGUGGAUCUACAGAGGUGUGGUAUGUCCAACGAAGGAGCUCGUUGCUUGCUGGAGGCACUGAAAACUAAUUCUUCUCUGUGUGUGCUGGAUAUUCGUAGCAACCCUUUAGUCGACAAAGUCCUCAUUAAAACUGUGAUAGAAAAAGUUCUAAUGAAUGCAGAAGGUCAGUCACCUGAGUACUGCUGGAUCAAACCCAAAUCCACAGAGCCACCUAGAAUAUCUGGUCCAAAAAGGCGAGCCAUACCCAGCACAAUAAAAAGAAAAUCUGCAUUUAAAAUGGCCACUCUGAAAGGAACAUCAACAGGAGGAUGGAGUUCAGGUGUUGCUCAAACAGAGAAGUCCUGCUCCCACUCCUCUUAUGUGCCUUGGCGAGCUGCUGCCCGAGCUGGGCGCCAGAGAGGUAUGUCUCCUGGAGUUACUGUUAAAGAGCAAAGCUUUCAGGGUGCAGCUACAGUAAAGGUUACUGUGGAGUCCCAUUCAGAAGAAGAGGACAGUUAUGAAGAUGAAGAAGUGGUGCAGGCAGAGCAGACGCUGUCUUCUCGUCAUCUCCAGGACAGGAUCGCUGGACGACAUUUUGAGCGAUUUCAGAUGGAGCUGAAAGAGUGCCGUCUCAGGCUCGCAGAGGAGCGCAGGGCACGACUUAAAGCUGAGUCGAGGCUCAUGGAGUAUGAGUUGGAGAAUGCCCGACUUCGUGAUGCCAACCGUUCCCUGUCAGAAGCACUUUCAGUUGUUGGUUCUAGAUCUGCACCACCUGCUUUCAGUGCUCUGGAAGAUGAGGCAGUCCUUGAGAGCAUUGAGAGCUCAUUUACCAAGUUCCAUGCCUUCCUGGACCUCCUUAAAGAUGCUGGUCUAGGUCAGCUAGCUUCGAUGGCGGGGAUUAACACGUCAGAUUUCCAGCCUGUAGGAAAACCCCAGCUCUCCUCGACAGUGGGACCACAUCCGGAUGGUGCAACUUCAGCGACUGUCGGGGGUAAGGACGUUCAGGCAAACACUGAGGCUGCAUAUUUGGUGCCUAAUCUCCCUGGCGGAGCAGCAAACACCCCCACUCACAGGUUUCCACCUCCUGUCGGGGAACCCUUACAUAAAGACAGACUACUAGACACGACCUUUAGUCAUGCUGGAGGAGAUAGACAAGACCCUGCUGUGGAUGAAGAAGUGGAACCACAUCAAUAUUUAAGGCCUGAUAUUCAGCAGGACUCAGGGUCGGAGCAUAGUUUUCGUAGCAACAAGUUCCUUGACAACAUUUCCUUUGGAAAAACCUUCCAGACUCAACCAACGAGCUGGAGGGGUGAAACCAGAAGCAACAGUUCCCAUGGAAACAGCUUCAGCAACAGUCAUGUCACCCAGAGCGUUAGGUCUCAUGGUAGUUCACCUGAUAGCCUUAGUGAGAUUAUUAGUGACAGAGCAGAGUCUGCGGGGUCAGCGGGGUCAAGAAAUCAUGGAAUGGGGAGGCUGGUGACAGUCAGUCAGUCUGGGUCAAAAGGGUCAGAGAGAAAAACCUAUCCUGGGAGGGCUGCUCUGAAACAGGUCAGACCUCUGAGUGGUCAGUCAGAUGAUGAGUCCUAA